AUGAUCAGGACCAGGGCAUCCCUUCUCCUGUUGAUGGCCUUGGCUUCUUCUCACGGCUUCAACUUGGACUCGGACAAGCCGACAAUCUUCUCCAGGAACAGUGCUGGGUUUGGACACAGUGUGGUCCAGUACGCCAACUCCUGGGUGGUGGUUGGGGACCCCCAGGAGAUAAAGGCUGCCAACCAAACGGGCAGCCUCUACCAGUGUGACUAUAGCACGGGCACCUGUGAGCCCGUCCAGCUGCAGGUCCCCCCAGAGGCUGUGAACAUGUCCUUGGGCCUAUCUCUGACAGCUGCCACCAACCCCUCUCAGCUGCUGGCCUGUGGCCCCACUGUGCGCCAUGCAUGCAAGGAGAACAUGUACUUGACUGGGUUCUGCUUCCUGCUGGCUUCCCCUUCCUGGCAGGCCCAGAGGCUCCCAGCUGCUCUGCAGGAGUGCCCAAGGCUGGAGCAGGACAUUGUCUUCCUGAUUGAUGGCUCAGGCAGCAUCUCCGACGCCGAUUUUGUCAAGAUGCUGACCUUCGUGAAGGCUGUGAUGAGCCAGUUCCAGAGACCCAGCGCCCAGUUCUCCCUGAUGCAGUUCUCCAGCAAGUUCAAGAUUCACUUCACGUUCAGAGACUUCGCGCGCAGCUCAGACCCGCCGCGCCUGCUGAACUCUGUGCACAAGCUGGGAGGGUCCACGCGCACGGCCACAGCCAUCCUGAUGGUCAUAAACCAGCUGUUCAGUGCCCAAAAUGGGGCCCGAAAGGGUGCCUCCAAGAUCCUCAUUGUCAUCACCGACGGGCAGAAAAUGGGCGACCGCCUGGACUACAAGGAUGUCAUCCCCUGGGCUGAGGCAGCGGGCAUCCUCCGCUACGCGGUCGGGGUGGGAGAGGCUUUUCAAAACCAACACUCCUGGAUAGAAUUGAACAACAUCGCAUCGACGCCCUCCCAUGAAUAUAUAUUUAGAGUGGAGAACUUUGAUGCUUUGAGAGACAUUCAGAAGCAACUGAAAGAGAAGAUCUUUGCUAUUGAGGGUACGCAGACCGUAAGCAACAGUUUCUUCGAAUUUGAGAUGUCCCAGGAGGGCUUCAGCGCUGUGCUCACACCUGAUGGGCCAGUUCUGGGUGCUGUGGGGAGCUUCAGCUGGUCUGGAGGUGCCUUCAUGUACCCCCCGAAUAUGAGCCCCACCUUCAUCAACAUGUCUCAGGAGAAUGUGGACAUGAGGGACUCUUACCUGGGCUACUCCACCGAGCUGGCCCUUUGGAAGGGGGUGCAGAGCCUGGUCCUGGGGGCCCCCCGCCAUCAGCACACCGGGAAGGUUGUCAUCUUCACCCAGGCUUCUGGGCAGUGGAAGCCAAAGGCUGAAGUCACAGGGACCCAGGUUGGCUCCUACUUCGGGGCCUCUCUCUGCUCCGUGGAUGUGGACAGAGAUGGCAGCUCUGACCUGGUCCUCAUCGGGGCUCCCCAUUACUACGAACCGACCCAGGGGGGCCAGGUGUCUGUGUGCCCCUUGCCCCGGGGGAGGGCUAGGUGGCAGUGUGAGGUCAUUCUCCGUGGGGAGCAGGGCCACCCCUGGGGCCGCUUUGGGGCAGCCCUGACCAUUCUGGGGGACGUGAAUGGGGACAAGCUGACAGAUGUGGCCAUCGGGGCCCCGGGAGAACAGGAGAACCAGGGUGCUGUCUACCUAUUUCACGGAACCUCAGGGCUGGGCAUCAGCCCCUCCCACAGCCAGCGGGUCGCAGGAUCCCAGUUCUCCCCCAGGCUCCAGCAUUUCGGGCAGUCGCUGAGCGGGGGUCAGGAUCUCACCAUGGACGGACUUGUGGACCUGGCCGUAGGGGCCCAGGGGCACGCGCUGCUGCUCAGGACCAGACCUGUGCUCAGGGUGCGGGUGAACAUCCGCACAACAUUUACAGAGAUUGCUAGGUCUCUGUUCCAGUGCCAGGAGCACACGGCCUCCGUCCAGGAGCUGGGUGAUGCCAAUGUCUGCCUUCAUGUUCAUGAGAGUCCCAAGAACCGGCUGAGUAACCUCCAAAGCACUGUGACCUUUGACUUGACCCUUGACCCUGGCCGCCUGAAUCCCAGAGCCAUCUUCAAGGAGACGAACACUCGGCAUCUGACUCGGGUCAGAGAUCUUGGGCUGAGACAGCACUGCGAGGCUGUGAAGCUGCUGCUCCCGGCUUGUGUGGAGGACUCAGCGACCCCCAUCAAUUUGCGUCUCAAUUUCUCCCUGGUGGGCAGCCCCAUCCCUUCCUUUGGAAACCUGCAGCCUAUGCUGGCUCCCGACGCCCCCAGAUACUUCAUGGCCUCUCUCCCCUUUGAGAAGAACUGUGGAGCUGACCAUGUCUGCCAGGAUGACCUUGGCAUCUCCUUUGGCUUCUCAGGCUUGAAGACCCUGCUGGUGGGUAGUAACCUGGAGCUGAGCAUGGAAGUGAAAGUGUGGAAUGAUGGUGAGGACUCCUAUGGGACCACAGUCACCUUCUCCUACCCACCAGGGUUGUCUUAUCGACGUGUGACAGUGACCCAGAGCCAUCUGCUGUCACGCUCCCUGCACCUGGCCUGUGACAGUGCCACAGACGGCAGCCAGGACACCUGGAGCACCAGCUGCAGCAUCAAAUACGUGAUCUUCGGGGAGGGCGCUCGGAUCAACUUCAGGGCCACCUUUGACGUCUCCCCCAGCGCGAGGCUGGGAGACCGGCUGCUCCUGACGGCCAACGUGAGCAGUGAGAAUAACACCCCCAGAACCAGCAAGACCACCUUCCAGCUGGAGCUCCCCGUGAAGUACGCUGUCUACACCGUGAUCAGCAGCCAUGAAGAAUCCACCAAGUACCUCAACUUCUCGGCCUCAGAGGAAGAGGGAAGCAGCGUGGCCCAGCAUAGAUACCAGGUGAACAACUUGGGACAGAGGGACCUGCCAGUCAGCAUCCACUUCUCAGUGCCUGUGGAGCUGAACCAGGUGACUGUGUGGUCAGAGUUGGAGAUCUUCCACCCCCAGAACACAUCUCUUCAGUGCUCUUCAGAGAGAAUUGCGCCCUCAGAGUCCAACUUCCAGGCCCACAUUCAGAAGAAUCCUGUGCUGGACUGCUCCAUUGCUCACUGUCUGAGGUUCCGCUGUGACAUCCCCUCCUUCGGCAUCCAGGAGGAACUUGACUUCAUCCUGAAGGGCAACCUCAGCUUUGGCUGGGUCAGCCAGACGCUGCAGAAGAAGGUAUCGGUCGUGAGUGUGGCUGAAAUCACGUUCGACACAUCUGUGUAUUCCCAGCUUCCAGGCCAGGAGGCGUUUUUGAGAGCCCAGAUGAAGAUGGUGCUGGAGAAACAUGAGGCCCACAACCCUGUCCCCCUCAUUGUGGGCAGCUCUGUGGGAGGACUGCUGCUGCUGGCUCUCAUCACAGCCGCACUGUACAAGGCUGGCUUCUUCAAACGUCAGUACAAAGAAAUGAUGGCGGAUGCAAAUGGACCAAGUGCCCCAGAAAAUGGAACAUCAGACCCCCAAUCCAUCCUCAAGGAUGUCUCUGAUGGGAAACUGAUAAGGCUGUGGAGGAGGGGUGGCAAGGAGAUGGGCAGCCCUCAGUGGCUAUUCUUCCACCUGGGAAGGUCAUUGGAGUGA